AAAAAUAUCUCAUCAUCAUCCAAACCACAAGUCCACAACUGCAUUCUUUUUCCAUUUUUGGUAAUGCAUACGAAAUAUCACUAUCCCACGUCACGCAACCCCAAAAAAUAUCUAUGUGUAGUACAUUUCUUCAAGAACAUUCCAGGCUUGAAAUUAUCACGUUCUGUGGUCACCACCACCCUUCUACGUGUCUCUGAUUCUCAAGAUAUUUUUUUUCCUGUCAAGUUAAAUCCUCUAGAGCUUUCACUUCCUAAUUAACCGCCAUAAACUCAUGAUCAUAAUUUAUAAAUAGCACCUUAUGCUAGAGCAUUCCCUUGCUCACCAAACCAAAGUUGGGUGCAAUUAUAUGUCACACUAAUCAAAGGUGAAAAAUAGAGUAUUUCAUUAUUUCAAUGGUUAGAGUUUGAUUUUUUGGAUAAUGGAUGCGUGCAAAGAAGAAGGGUUAUCUUCAUCUUACUACACCAUUCUUGGUGUUAGUUUAGAUUCUUCAGUUGAUGAGAUAAGACGUGCUUAUAGGAAACUUGCAAUGCAAUGGCAUCCUGAUAGGUGGACGAGAACACCUUCUUUGCUUGGUGAAGCCAAGCGCAAAUUCCAGCAAAUUCAAGAAGCCUAUGCAGUGUUAUCUGACCCCAAGAAAAGAACGAUGUAUGAUGCUGGUUUGUAUGAUCCUCAAGAGGAAGAGGAUGAGGGCUUUUCUGAUUUUGUAGAAGAAAUGGCAUCUCUCAUGGCACAAGUGAGGAAUGAGGGGAAGGAUUAUGGUUUGGAGGAAUUGCAGAGCAUGUUGAUGGAAAUGGUUGAAGAAUUUGAGUCUCCUUCAAUGUACUCUUGUGAGGUACCAUCAGUGAUUGAUGAAUCCCAGUGCUCGAAGAGGAUGCGUUUCGAGUUCGACACAACCAUGGAGAACAAGGGAUCACAUUUUCAAGUGCCGGGUCUUAACUUCUAUGAAACAAGAGGAUACUGUAAUUAGCUGUUUCACUUUGCUUUUUCUUUCUAAGCAGAAUGCUAAUUUGUAAAACUUGUUUUUUUUUUUUUUUGUCAUUGAAGUUUAGGGGAUAUGAAUUGGGAAGAUUUUAGACACACAUUGAUUGGUUAGCUGGUAGAAUUUUAUGUUCAUCAAUGAGUUUAUCCUUCUACGGCGUUGUGGAGAUUUUUCUCUCUCUCUCUCUUUAUAAUGAUAUUUGGAGUGCUUCUGUUAGUAACGUUUCUGUUAUCAUUUGGAAAUAGAAGUAGGUAGUUCUUUUAUAUUAUGGCUGUGGAUAUACAUUUGGCUGGAUAAACCUUGGAAUCAGGGGUGUUCACGGAUUGGAUUGGAUCGGUUUUCAGAGGAAAAAUCAUACAAUCCGAUCUCAUCGGUUUUAUGAUUUU